AUGCUUAAAAUGCACAUCUCCACAAUUCUAUCCAUAUUGACCGCAUCAACGUCGAUCUUUGCUGUUCCGGUUGACAAAAGAUUACCAUCAGCUCCAAAAUUCCACACAUUAGACUUUGAUGUCGUUGAUAUGACCCCUUCAUCUAAAAGGGAAGAAACAGAAACACUCUACCGCCGCACAUUAUAUUAUUUCGCUAGAGUCUCAAUCGGAUCAACCAAGCAACAGAUUGGUGUCACAGUCGACACAGGAAGUAGUGAUUUAUGGUUCCCGUCAAACGAUGCUACCUGUACUGGCGGUAGUGAUUGUAAAUCAUUAGGAAGUUUCACUCCUUCAAUUUCAAACACAUUCCACAAUUUAUCUACGUCAGUCAAUAACAAUUACGGUGAUGGCGAUGGAGCUAGUGGAUACUGGAGUAAAGAUGGUUAUUGGUUUGCUGAUGGAACUAAAGUAGAACAGUUUCAAUUUGGAUUAAUGAAUUCAGUAGCCAGAGAUACUGGGGUGUUAGGCUUAGGUUUACCAGAUUUGGAAGCUACUAAUGAUAAGUACCCCAAUUUCCCCGCUGCUUUGAAAAACGCAGGUAUAGUUGACAAGACGGCUUACUCAUUAUACUUAAACCUGGCUUCCGCGUCGAGUGGAAGUGUGGUGUUUGGUGCCAUUGAUAAAGCUAAAUAUUCUGGUGAUUUAGCUGUACUUGACUUUGCUGAUUAUAGGUGGACAGCCGUCGAAUUGGGUUCAGUCACAGCACCCGAUGGAUCAACUGUUGAUUUAAACAUCCCAGUUGCGUUAGAUAGUGGAACCACUUAUAUCCAGUUGGACACUGCAGUGGCUAAACAAAUUUAUCAAGCUCUUGGCUUAAGUGAAUCAGGGAGCGCAUCAUGUGAUCAACUUUCAUUAGAUUCAAAUCAAUUAACGUUAAAUUUUGAUGGUGUUUCAAUAACUAUUCCUUAUCAGAAUUUAUUUUAUCAAUUUUCAGGCGGCUCGUUAUGUCAAGCUAGAAUUUAUGGCUCAAAUGAUGGAAAUAAUUUCUUUGGUGAUUUGUUUUUACAAAAUGCUUAUGUUGCAUUCAAUCUUGAUUCAAAAAAAAUAGGAUUGGCUAAAGCGAAUUAUAAUGAUGCAACCGAUUUGGUUGAUUUUUGGUUCUAA